AUGAAUCCAAUAGGAAGCAGCACUCAGUACCAUGCAGCCACCACCACGCUGUCACGAGACGACUUGUUUAACUCCCCUAAGAAUUUAACCUCUCGAGCAGUGCGGCAGCAUCCCUACAAUCGUGGUCAACACCAUGAAGACGAAGGCAACUCCUCCAAUCGUGAUUCACCUCUGAUCGAGGAAAUUUAUUCAUGUGGUUUGCAUUCAUCGGGACAAACGGGUCUUCAAAUUUCCACAGUCAAUUCACAAAGAAACUGUUCCUCAUCUUCUUCUUCCUCAUCAAUGUCUUGUACGAGAAAUUCACAACCAACAAGCUCGUCGUCAAUUACCAGAACGAAUACGACCACCACAACCUCUUCCUCAAACAUGACCCGAAAUAAGUCCAGCAUCAACAACACCAAUCAAUGGAAUGUUCCAACCAAUUACAGUUAUUCAUCGGCCACUUCAAUCAUGCCAAAUUCUUCACCAAUGAUGCGGCCACUCAGAAUCCCACACUUGUAUAAUGUCAUGUUCGAUCGAAGUAGUACUACUUUUGAGAGUUGUGCUAGUAGUAGUGGUGGUGGUGUUGGUGGUGGUGUUGAUAGUGAAUCCUCUUUGAGAACUUGCUCGAAUUCUUCGACUCCUGAUUUGGAUGAAAGUUUUUCCUUAAUGAAUUUAAAUGCAUUGGAAAAUGGUAGUAUGGAGCACAGAAGUUCUUGUCAUUCACCACAUCCGUUUCGUGAGGAAACAAUCACACCCUUAAUAGACCAUGAAGACUCAGAAGAGGAAGAAGAAGAAGAAUGCAAUGAAAAAGAAAAACAAUCCUUUAUGAGAAUACAAUCGAAACAUGUAAAUUCCUCAUCAAAAACAUCUCCACGUGCUCUCAUUAAGAGCGUGCAUUGCGGAUGGUAUCAUUCAUUGAUUUUGACCAUGUCUGGACAAUCAUGUACUAGCAAUGUACAGACCUUCAAGCCAAUCCUUUCCAUUAAACAUCCCAUUCAAAUGGCCAGUUGCGGAGGCCAUCAUUCCAUUGCUGUCACUCUCUCCGGUGAUUUAUACUUGUGGGGUGAAUGUCGUGAGGCCUUCGAGAGAAAUGCAUGGAUGAAACGAAAAGUAUCCACAAGUACCUCCCCAACCCUCAUGACGACGACGACGAGUGUGAGCUCAUUGUCACCACCACAAAUGUUGCAUUCGACAAGUGGUUCUGCUCUCAAAUCCAAUUAUGGUGGAAUGCCACAAAUUGUCAAAGUGUGUUGUGGAGGCUAUCAUUCGAUUAUUAUUCUUGCGGAUCAUUCGGUGUGCUCCUUUGGAAAGAAUACCUAUGGACAAUGUGGAGUUUGGGAAAAGUUAGACAUUCAGGCAUCUCAAUCCUCAUUGGAUGAAUUUCGAGUACUGACUCCCACACUCAUCAAACAAUUUCUCGUUCCAAAAAAGAAUGUCAGUCAGUACAUUCAUACAGAGCUCUUGAGUCAACGAACCUUAUCGGAACAAGCAGCAUUCUUUCGAGAGGUUUCUUCGUCCUCCUCUUGCUCCAAUGCCAUUCGAUACUCGUGGCAAGAUGUACAAAUAGUGGAUUGUGCUGCCGGUGCAUGGCAUACUUUAUUACUCACCAAGGAAGGAAGAGUAUUCGCCAUUGGUGAUACACAAUACGGACAAUUGGGCUUGGAGAAUCGACAAGAAGAUUCCUCCAAUGCAUCCACGUCCUCGACGAGAUAUCCUUUGCCAUAUCUCAUCUCGUCUUUACAACAUGAACGAAUUGCUGCCAUUUCAUGUGGAUAUUUUCAUUCAGUGUUUUUGACACGUGAUGGGCGAGUAUACACUGUAGGUUGGAAUGCUUAUGGUCAAUUACUCGUUGGAAAUACCAAAACGCAUCGUCAUGUCACUUUAGUGAAAUCUCUCAUUGGAAUUCCCAUUGUAAAAGUGAGUUGUGGAUGGAACCAUUGUGUACUACUCUCACGUGAGGGUUACUGUUAUGUGGGAGGAGAAGGAAAGCAUGGUCAACUGGGCUAUGAUCAUCAUGCUCUCACUGAAAAGUGUUUGAAAAAUCUCACCACAUGCCAUUGUCACAAAAAUCUUGAAGAAACAAUGACAUCCAAUUUCAGCAGUAACAGUUCCAGUGAAGAACAAAAUUGUUUUGUGUGUUUACCUCUUCGAGUGGGUUUUUUCCAUUCCUCUAAAAUUUUAGACGUUUCGUGUGGAAGAGGACACACCUUGUUUUUGAGUCGAGGUCACAUUCGAUAUUCGAAAACGAGUUUGAAUGGAGACAUGAAUGCCUCUCAUCACUAUUAUUAUUACAGUUGUUCACAACAUGUGGCACCUCAUGAUGCGUUACCACUUCAUAAGGCAUUGAAUCAAGACGAUUUUGGAGAUGUUCUUUUGUGUGUUCGAUCGGUGGUAGUGGUGGUGGUCUCAUCCAUGAGUCAACAGCUCUGUACAGAGAAACUACAUUCGUCCUUAUUGAAAUCGAACAAUUGUGCAAGUUCAACUCCAAGAAACUCAACCAAAUGA